AUGGUGACCACCGGUCUAUUCUUUGGUCUUGGAGAUAUUAUUGCCCAGACUUUGUUCCCGCACACCAUCACCACAACUAAGACAGACAAAAACGGAAACCAAGCUGAACUGGUGGAGGUGAGCAGUUAUACCCCCGACAGAACUAUGAGGGCCAUAAUCUACGGAUCAGUUUUCUUUGCUCCUAUUAGUGUUUUGUGGCAUGGUAAAACGCUCCCCAAGUUGAAAAACCCAUUUAUCAGCAUGGUUAAGAGAAAAAUGAUGGAAACAAAGAGUAAGAAAAGGUUGCAUUUGUAUGAUACCUUGUUCCGUUUGGGUGUGGAUCAGCUAAUUUUUCCUGGAUUGGUUUGGAUUCCUCUUUACAAUACGGUCAUGGUGAUGCUAGCACAGCACGAGGACCCAUUUGGUGUGAUACGGCACAAGUUGGAAAACAAUUGGUGGGCCGUUCUACAGGCUAAUUGGACAGUCUGGCCUGGGUUCCAACUCGUGAAUCUUUACUUUAUUCCAGUGCAUUUGCGAAUAGUUUGUGCAAACGUAUGGUCAACCGGGUGGAAUGCCUUUCUAAGUUUUGUGCACAAUACGAAGGGCCAUGGUAAGGGAAGCGGCAAGAAAUUGGAGGAGUUGGUGGAUAUUGAAGAUGACGAACAAGAGGUUGUGAUGGUUACUGGGUUUUUAUUGGGAGCCGGUGACUGUUCAGCACAGCUAUUAUUCCCCACUUCUCCUGAUCAGCCGUACGACUAUGUGAGAACAUUAAGAGCAGUGAUAUAUGGAGGAAUUAUAUUCGCGCCUUUGGGAGACAAAUGGUACAAGAUUCUCAACACCAAGAUUGUAUGGCGAGGUAAGAACGAGAGGACAAUGUCAACAAUCCUUCGCGUUGCAGUAGAUCAAUUGGUGUUUGCCCCCUUUAUUGGUAUACCAUUGUAUUAUGCCGCAAUGACGGUAUUGGAGAACAGGAAGCCAUACUUGGAGCAUGUAAUAUCCAAAUUUGAAACCAGUUGGUGGGUCACAUUGAAGAGUAAUUGGUUAGUCUGGCCCAUUUUUCAAUGGUUCAAUUUCUAUUUGUUACCGGUGCAUUACAGGUUACUAGCAGUCAACUUAAUCAGCAUUGGAUGGAACACGUAUCUCAGUUACGUGAUGCAUAAUAAGGCAUAG